AUGACGUACUCACUAGGUGACAAUGGCAGCACUCACGCUUUAUACCUCGAAACCAUAGUCGAGGAAACGAGUGAUGAUUUGCGCUCUGAACGUUCCUCUGCCGCAACAUGGCUCUCAGAUUCAGAUGCAGAUUCUGUCAUUCAUGUGCGAGGGACUCAAGCAGGGUCGGAGUGCGACAGCGAGUCGGAGCGCGAGUGGGCGUGCCCGGCGAAGCGCAGGCGGCGCGAGCGCGCCACCUCGCCCGCCAGCUCGGGCUCGCUAUCACGUUCCUCCAGCCUCGCGCAGUUCGAAUCCCUGGAGAGAUCGUGUGCAGCACCCGCCUCACCGAGCCUCUCGCCCGACUCCCUGGAGUCACCUCCGCCUUCCCCACCGCCAACACGUGUUCCAGCACCACGCACCCAUCUGUCUGCCGAGAACCUCAGCGAAGACAGCGGCUACAGUGAGCGGUCGCGGCGGCCGCCCCCGCCUGCAGUGUGCCGCCCGCCCGAAAUAGCGCACCGCUCGGCCGCCGGCAGCGCGCCCUGCCUCGUCGCAUCGCCCAGUGCUGAGCGCCGCCCGCCCCGCGCCGCGCGCGCUCUCUCGCUCCCCGCCGAGCUCGACGUGUGCGCCGAACCGCGACGUCACGCUGCGCAUCGAGCGCGCUUUAGACAAACCUUUGAAGUAUCUGACAGCCUGACCGUCAGCGUGGCAGACCUCACCGCCCUCGACUACAGGGGCGGCCCCCGUCGCCCGCGACUGCCGCCCCCACCGCCACCUCCUCGGAUGAACCGAAAUGUACCACCUCAACCACCUCCAGUCGAAAAGGUUGUUCGACAACCUACCGAAUCCCCGGCGCGGGAACCCAGCGCCAGUAGUGAUUCUACCACCGAAUCAGAGCGAGCUUUCGCGAGAGAAAUGGAGGCGACAGCGCGCCGGCUGGACGAGACAGCGCGGCGAGCGCUCGCUGAAAGCGAAAACUACGACCGCGAGCUAUCAGUGAUGACAGCGAGACGACUACACGACUCGUGGGGCGCCUGGGAUGACGUGUUAGAUGAACUUCGACGGCGCAUAGACGGGCCGUCACCCUCCCCCUCCCCACCACGAACGCCAUCCCCAGACCCUAUCAGAGAACCAGCGUUCACGUCAACGCCACUAAGAUCCUGUGAUGCUAGAGUAAGAUCAACCCCUGAGCUGCGCUCGCGAGCAACCCCACAACGAGAAACGCCAGAAGAACUUCGUGCGUCACUACAAUUAGUAGCGCCACCCCCUCCAGACGCAGCGCCGCCCGUGCGCUCUGUGUCUGCUGGCUCCAAAGGAGUGACGUUCUCGCCAGUAGUGGCAGAAGUAAGCUGGCGCGAAACAAGUACAAGCACCACUGAGAGCGAAACAACAGCGAGCGACGACGCGGACGACGCCGAGGUGGUAGUAGUGGAGGGGGAAGGCGAGGAGUCGCACGCGCCGACCGCAGAGCGCGCUGCCGCCAUGACGGAAGCGGGCGCGCGCGCGCCGCGCAGCCGCAUCGCCGGCUUCCUUUCGCGAUUCGCAAACUUUAGAUUCUCGGGGCGCAAAGAGAAAAAGACACGGGGCGCAGGCGCGAAUAUACGACCCUCUACGAACGGUCCGGCAACAGCGGCAGAUGCGGGGCAGGGACCGCGCGGGCCGGCCGCCGGGCCGCAGUAUGUGCGUAUCCCGCUGAAGGAGGAGGGUGUGUCGCGGGCGGCGGCACCCCCGGUGGCGGGCGGCGUGGCGCACAAGCCACCACGGCCGCGCCCGCCGCCCGCGCCGCCGGCCGGCGUGCUGGAGACCGAUGUGGACACUCAGCGUACCGUGCUACACGCGCGCUCGCUGCUCGCGCUCGCGCCUCCCGACCAGCGCACUCCUCGCCCUCACAAGUCCAUGGAGUUCCUGCUCGACAAGGACAACGUGCAGACUGUACAGGUUAUACAAAUGCCUCUAGAGACGUGA